GCAGAGCUGAGACUGAAUUCCACCCUCCUGACGCCUGACCUCACGUACACAAACACACGAGCACACACACACACACACAGCUUCACGCGCCCACAUCACACAGUCAUAGCACUCUCUGGAGGAAGCUCAAACCAGUGGAAGGGGAUGCUGGCGGCUGGCAGCCACUAAAUCUUAGCACCAGCCUUCACUCAGCUGAUCCAGACAGCCUACAUCAUCUCAGGAGAGUCCAUCAUAUUCCCACUGCUUUGAGGGGGGAGGCUGGCCAAAGAAUACCAGGGUUUUACCUGAUCCUUGACUCAUUCACAGAGCAGGAAACCUGAGCCAAAGGGGGGGGAAAAAGAAGAGAUCAUAAGCCACCACUGAAACAAGAACCUCUAGAUACCUGCCAGGGUGACAACUGGUUGUGGUGCUUGAAGAAACACAAGUUAGGAUGCUGGCUAAAAUUCUGGAGGAGAUGUGGGUGGAGCCGGAGGUGCUGGAGGCCCUAAGCGAAGAGCAGAAGAGGAUCCUUUUCCUUAAAAUGAGAGAAGAGCAGGUACGCCGCUGGAGGGAAUGGGAGGAACGGGAAGGAGAGAACAUUGGAAGAAGCAGGCCCAAGAAAGCCACCAGUAAGCAUGUGAGCUGGCUCCUCGGCCGUGAUGGAGACGUGUGCGUUCGUGUGAUUGGAGAAAUGGAUGAGUUCAGGUCAUCUAAACUCCUCCACAACAUUUUUAAUGAGAGGCUCCAUUGUGAUAGUAUGAAUGGCAUCCAGACAGCAGACAUGCAGGCAGGAAAAAUGGCCCAGCAGCUUGGAUUUAAAAAAGAAAGCCACCUAGCCUUUACCGAGGACACCACUAGUGGUUGUGACUCACCAAACAGCCACUCGUCUCAGGACGAGAUGGACUCCGACUGCGCGGAUGAUGACCCGAAGGACCCCGGCGAGGGCAGCGACAGUGAAUCAGGCAGCAGCUCGGACAACCUCAGCGACUGGGCUCCUCUCCGCGGGCCCCAUCUUAGUCGCCAUGGCAACAAACCAGCACUCAAAACCCAGCUGUUCGACGCAGAGAUGGUCAGCCCACAGGCCAGAGAUGUCUUGUGGGUUCAAGAAAAAAAGUUAGAAUAUGGAGGAAGAGUGGCCCAGCUGAGAAAAGCCUUUGGAUCUGGUCCUUCAGACAGUUUCAGCAAGUCUCCAUUACCUGCGAAACCUGCUCAACUAUUGACCAGACGCAUGUCGUUGAUCCAUUAGCCUGCUGUUAGACCUUCUUUGAAACAAUGCUGUGACCCAGAAAUGACAACUGGACUGAAUAGUGUCACAAGUCCUGUGUCCAGAGUAGCUUCAUACUCAAGAUGUUUGUUUUCGAGACUGACGACCGAACAGGACCCUGACUUGAAUCCUAAGGGUGAAAUAAAUAUAGAGAAAUACAAAGAAAUCGCUCAAUCUCCGUCGGGGACAACACGCAAAUGAAAUUUAAUCAUCAACUAUCCCUUUCAUCAAUGAGAUUACACACCUGAACAUUUGUGGUGGAUUUAUCAGUACAGUACCGUACUGUGAAAAGAUCACAAACAUCACAAUGUUUGUUGUUGUUUUUUUGCUUUUGUAUUUUUUUUUUUUUUUUUUUUUUUGCUGUAAUAGCUGGACAUAUGCUACUUACAGGAUUGCACAACAAAAUAAGAAACAGUACUCACUUCAAAUAGAAACCUUGGCACAAGAGAACUGAAGAUGGACUAAAGGACUCUCAUAUCCAAGUCAUCAAUGGAUCUAUUCACACACAUAAAUCACUAUGAUACUUUUACCAUUGAAAGCCAGUAGUUAGGAAUAAAUAUUGUCAGAAUAACAAAUAUAACACAAUGUUACAA